GCAACGAACCAUAAAGCACUUCGCUUGCAAAACUGGCGAUACUUGUUAUUCGAAAUGGCUUCUGAAAUGCAGAACUCGAAUCCAACUAUUAUUAACACCGCCGAUCUUCCUACACGCCUUCGGCCCAGUGCUUCCCCCAAAAGCAGCACGUAUGGAAGCGAAUUCUUUGCCUCCGCGCUUCCCUCGCUCACGGUCGACGCUCUCUCUGACUACUCACCAUCGACCUCCGAGUCCGAAAACGACGAUGACUUGAUGGAAGAGCCUAUAGACGAACAAGAAAUAUACGACCUUGUCUCAACUAUAUCUGAUCCCGAACACCCCAUUUCCCUGGGAGCUUUAGCAGUGGUUUCGUUACCAGAUAUUUCUAUUAAGCCGGCUCUUCCGGAUGUACCCGAUUCGCCUCUUCGCACCGUUACAGUUCUCAUCACCCCGACGAUUACUCACUGCAGUUUAGCCACAGUCAUAGGUCUUGGUGUACGUGUCCGGCUUGAACAAUCUCUCCCACCACGGUUCCGAGUAAAUGUGCAGAUCAAGGAAGGGACACAUAGCACGGCGGACGAGGUGAACAAACAGCUCGCUGAUAAGGAAAGGGUCGCCGCAGCUCUCGAAAACGGUACGCUCAUGGGGGUGAUUGCAAAGAUGCUUGAGACGUGCCUAUGA